GGUAUUCACGGUACACGCAUCGGGGCGGUCCUAUAGGUUACGAUUGUAGGAGACACUCACCUCGGGGCACGCCGGUGUUUCAAAACAAACGCAACAUCGUUGAGAAUCGAUUACCGUUACUACGUGCGAGAUAUGAUUGUUGCUGUACUGUAGCUAGUUGUUGUACAUAGCCUAGCCAUGAGCCUAGCAUAUUUAGUUAGUAGCUAAUACUGCAUAGCGUGAUUUAACUUCAGUUAUUCAUCAAUGAAACCGUUGGACUCAGAUGAGGAGGAAGCGGAACAGCUGGGUGCUUACCAAAAGGAGCUGAGACAGCGGGCCAACCAGAGCAUACAGCAACUGAGCAGUGCUCUGGAACAGCAGAGCUCUGAUGAAGAAGAGGUGGAAGAGCCCAGAGGCAGUGGUGGCAGCCUCUUCACCGCCCUGGUCGAAGAGGACAACGCUGCAUGGAGUCAAAAGACACAGAGUGAAGCAGUUAAUCAGCUGAAGAGCCUUCUACUGAAACAGUGCAGAGAAAUUCCUUCUCCUCUCUCUCCUUCAAAGAAAAAGUCUCCAGCCAAGAGAGUACAGCAGGAGGAAAGGUCCAACUUGCCUACCUAUCAAGAUUUGGUCCCAAUGAUUCACAACCAGUCAGAGUACAUUCAACACCUGGAAGCUGAGGUCAAAUUGUGCAAGGAGGAGCUGCAGGGGAUGAAACAGCGGAUCAGAGUGGUGGUGGUGGAGAAUGAGAAGCUGCAUUCAGACCUCAAAUCCAAAGCUGUAGAUGAAUCUCUGAAAGACUACACGUUUCGAAACUCCACGGUGAAUGAGAGUAUGGCAGCCAACAGCCACAGCAUGCUGCAGAGAGAAGAACACACCACAUGGAAAAAUGAGCUGGAACAAUUGAAAGUGAUCUACCAGGCCCAGAUUCAAAGCUUGGAGGCUCAGGUCAUUUCCCUCAGGAAAGAUCUGUCGGUCAGUCAGAAGGAGUGUGAGGAGGUGAAGGUUCGUCUGAGACACCGGGAGAAACAGGCUGCAGAUGCACUGAGUGCUGAUGGAGCUCCCCGUGUGGCAGGAUUGUGUCUGAAGUGUGCACAGCACGAGGCUGUGUUGGCGGGGACUCACACAAAUCUUCAUGUCCAGGCUAUUGACAGGCUCACAAAGGAGCGUGAUGAGUUACUAGUGGCUCUGCGUGCUGUGCGGGCUAGUCAGCAGGAGGCACAACAGAGGGAGUGGUCAUCUUGUCUCCAAGUCAAACAGGCUGUAGAGAUGGUGGAAGAAGCGAAUCUGGACAAAGCUAGGAUAGAGGUACAGUGUGAGCAGCUGUCCAGGGAGCUGGCUCGACAGAGGGAACAACUAGAACGAGAAGCACAGGGCUUGCAGGAGAGACUGUCUGAGGCCAGAGAGGAGGGCCGGGCUGAGGCCCGCAAACAGAGGGAGGAGCUGGCACAUACAGUGUCCAGCCUCUCCCAACAUGUUGCUGAGUUGGAAGGACAGCUAGACAGAACUCACAGAGACAAGAGCUCACUGACCAAUCAGCUGGAAGAUGCUCUUCGCAAACUUGCCAGUCAGGAACAAGACAAUACCAAGGUGGGUUUGGAUCUGCGAUAUCAGCUCAGUCAGGCCCAACUGAAGAAAGAGGAGGCAGAGAGAGAGCUCCGAGAGCUCAACACCAAGACCAGCAGACAGAUGGAAAAAGCUGCACAGGAAGUGGAAAGGCUGAACUCAGAGCUGGUUGGCUGUCGGCAGCAUCUGGAGGCGGUCCAAAAGGACGGGAGCCAAUGGCAGGCCGAAGCCCUGAGCCUAGCAGAACAGCUGGCAAAUGCCCAGCGCCAACUGCACCUCACCAGACAGGACAGAGAGAGUUCGGAACAGGCUCAUGAGGAGGAAAUGGCGUCUAUGACCCUUUCAGCGCGGGAAAGAGAGAGAGAGCUGGCUGUGCUGUUGGAGCAAACAGAGGCUCAACACCAGCAGAGAGUUGGAGAGUUGGACAGUCUGCUGAGUUCCCAGAAUUCCCUGAUCAGGAAGCUCAAGGACGAGUGCUGCACGCUGGGAGUCAAACUAGAGGAGCUGACAGAAAACAGCAGAGGAGAGCUGGAGCAGCUGGCCCUGGAGAAGCAACACCUAGAGGAGGCGGUAAAGAGUCUGAGAGCUCGCUGCUCCGACAUGGAGGAACAGUGUGUCCAGCACGGCCGCAUGCACCAGCGCAUGAAAGACAGGAGGUUUAGCAGAGUAGGAAUCUGGCUGCCAAAAGUGGAUUGGCUGGGAAGUUGGCACCUAACUUCUCUCUUCUCCCAACUGAACCACGAUAAUCACUCUUGGCAUUUCGUGAGUUUUAUUUUCUGCUUUGACACUUACUUGGUUGAUGAAUCCUCCUGAUAUUUAAAAAUCUCUUGAGUUCAGUUCUACAUGAGGUCACUUUUGCAGUGACUGUUAAGCCGCUUGACCACAU